AUGUCGCUUGUCAAUACGGCAGGUUCGGCUGAUCAAAUGCAAUCGCAGACAUUUACACCAACAGGUAGGACAUCCACUCCGACUUCUCAGACACCAUCGACGGAGACGAACGCAGGAACGUCAUCACCUCCAUCUGCACCGGUAACAAUUACAAUACCAUCAAAUUCAGGACUUACAUCUUCGUCUACUGCAAUCACAUCUGUACCUGGAAAGAGAACAACAAAUACCGUUUUACAAGUAACUCCUUCAGAAUCGACUUCAAAUACUAAUGGUAUCACUGAUACUUCAGCGCGAGGGCCACCUACUGCGAAUGCAAAUUCAACAGCAACGGUCAUCAUUAAUGUGAAUUCUGGCUCUGGUGAUAAUGAUUCAUCGUCCGGAGUUACCCUUGUGGAUGUUGGUGACAAAGGCAUCGGUGUCGGUCCCAUUAUCGGAAUUGUUUUCGGGACAGUUCUUCUAGUCCUUUUGAUCGUAGGGUUUGCCUUCUAUCUAUAUCGCCGGCGCAAACAAAUGCCACGAUCGCCGUCGUUCGACGCUUCGUACACUCUUGCUCCAAACGCUCUCCCCGCCGCAAUUAUGUGGAAUACUCAUGCACCAUCGUCUGAUAUAGAGGAUCAAAGUGAUACUAACUUAGAUAGGACAGUCGAUCUCGAUAGUACGGGAAACCUCGACUCGACUUUGCGUGCAGAGCCAAUAAACAAAAGCAAUUCAAGUUUAUGGGAAGAUGAAACGAUUUUGGCAGCUCGUAUUCCUAUGGAAAAGCUUGUAUGUAUGGAAGUUCUUAAUGAAGGUGGACAUGGCGUAGUCUAUCACGGUCAAUAUCGCGGCGAGCGCGUUGCUAUCAAAAUGCUAUUGCUUGAUAAGAGGAAGGAUAUGGGCCAGAUUAAUAUGUUUCUCGCAGAAAUUAAAAUGAUGGCAACUAUUGAACAUCCUCGAAUCGUCCGCUUUAUUGGUGUCGCCUGGGACGCACUCAGUGAUCUCUGCGCUGUGUCUGAAUACAUGCCUAGUGCGUUUUCAUCGCAUUGA